CUGCUGGAUUUCUCUUGCGAAAAGAGAAACUCACCACACGGGAAAAGGUAGAGGUUUCAGGCAGAGCAUUUCAGCGUGUGUUUACAGGCAGGACUGACUUACUCAGCAAAUCCUGCUCGGAGGAGCUUCAGCCAAUGAAGAGGCUAUAUCCCGGCUUGCUUGGGGGCUUCUGAGUUUGAGCUGCAUGCAGAAAUGUAAGGCAGUGCUUCCUGGCGCUGAUGGCAAAAUGGGACCCAUCUCCAGUUAUUCCUCGGGCACCCCAGCUUUGCAGACCUGGGAAAGAACCUACAUAAACAUAUUGGUGAUGUAGCCAGCUUAAAAGGCCGAGAGAAUCCUUAUGGAUUCAGGAGACUGUUUUUUAAUUUAGAUUUUUAUUUUUUAUUUGGAAGAUGAAAUGCUUCUCUCGUUACCUGCCUUACAUCUUCAGACCUCCGAACACCAUCCUCUCUUCCAGCUGCCACACGGAAGGCUCGGACCAUGGUGCAGUCCCACUGGCUCCCCUGCCCCCCUCUCCUGUGAGACUGGCUGCGGGGAGGGAUCAUGGAUACUUGUCUGCCGGCUUCUGGUUCCCACGCAAGUAAGCCUGCUGUCAAUGGAGGAGGACAUUGAUACCCGCAAAAUCAACAACAGUUUCCUGCGCGACCACAGCUAUGCGACCGAAGCUGACAUUAUCUCUACGGUAGAAUUCAACCACACAGGAGAAUUACUAGCGACAGGGGACAAGGGGGGUCGGGUUGUAAUAUUUCAACGAGAGCAGGAGAGUAAAAAUCAGAUUCAUCGUAGGGGUGAAUACAAUGUUUACAGCACAUUCCAGAGCCAUGAACCCGAGUUCGAUUACCUGAAGAGUUUAGAAAUAGAAGAAAAAAUCAAUAAAAUAAGAUGGCUCCCCCAGCAGAAUGCAGCUUACUUUCUUCUGUCUACUAAUGAUAAAACUGUGAAGCUGUGGAAAGUCAGCGAGCGUGAUAAGAGGCCAGAAGGCUACAAUCUGAAAGAUGAGGAGGGCCGGCUCCGGGAUCCUGCCACCAUCACAACCCUGCGGGUGCCUGUCUUGAGACCUAUGGACCUGAUGGUGGAGGCCACCCCACGAAGAGUAUUUGCCAACGCACAUACAUAUCACAUCAACUCCAUAUCUGUCAACAGCGACUAUGAAACCUACAUGUCUGCUGACGACCUGAGGAUUAACCUAUGGAACUUUGAAAUAACCAAUCAAAGUUUUAAUAUCGUGGACAUUAAGCCGGCCAACAUGGAGGAGCUCACGGAGGUGAUCACAGCAGCGGAGUUCCACCCCCAUCAUUGCAACACCUUCGUGUACAGCAGCAGCAAAGGGACAAUCCGGCUGUGUGACAUGCGGGCAUCUGCCCUAUGUGACAGGCACACCAAAUUUUUUGAAGAGCCUGAAGAUCCAAGCAACAGAUCAUUUUUCUCUGAAAUUAUCUCGUCGAUUUCGGAUGUGAAGUUCAGCCACAGUGGAAGGUAUAUCAUGACCAGGGACUAUCUGACCGUUAAAGUCUGGGAUCUCAACAUGGAAAACCGCCCCAUCGAGACUUACCAGGUUCAUGACUACCUCCGCAGCAAGCUGUGUUCCCUCUAUGAAAAUGACUGCAUUUUUGAUAAAUUUGAGUGUGUUUGGAAUGGGUCAGACAGUGUCAUCAUGACGGGCUCCUACAACAACUUCUUCAGGAUGUUCGACAGAAACACCAAGCGUGAUGUGACCCUUGAGGCUUCAAGGGAAAACAGCAAGCCCCGGGCUAUCCUCAAACCCCGAAAAGUGUGUGUUGGGGGCAAGCGGAGAAAAGACGAGAUCAGUGUCGACAGCCUGGACUUUAGCAAAAAGAUCUUGCAUACAGCUUGGCAUCCUUCAGAAAAUAUUAUAGCAGUGGCGGCUACAAAUAACCUAUAUAUAUUCCAGGACAAGGUUAACUAGGUGGACAAGUUAUUACUUAAUAAUCUCACAUACUGAAUACUAGUCAAACAAGUUUUUAAAUGUUUCUUUGAGUCUUCAUUUGACGCAUUGACUUUAAUUUCCCUAUGCAGGAAAUGAUUGGAAUAGAAUUCAAAGGAGUCCAACUUUCCCAGCUCCCCAGUUCUAAGAAACUUUUGUCAAAUCCAAUAGGUUUGGGACACUUCUGUUUAGAAUUGAAAGCUGCCAGCUAACAGUAAUUCUUCCAUAGUUGACUUGAACUUCUGAUGCUUUUAUUGCCCCGUUUUCUCUGGUGGGUCCAGUGUUUUGUUCCUAGGUGUCUGCUGCGAUAAAAUGAGGUUGUCUGUAGUAUUUAAGGAGAAAAGAGAUAAGUUUUUUUUUAAUUAAGCAUUUCCAUUCGAUUGAAAAAAUCAACAAAAAAUAAACACCAUUUACUCUUAGACAAAUUCUUCUUGUUUUGUGAAAAAAAACAGAACUAGUCAUUAUCUCCUGCCAUGCCACCAUUUUUUUUUCCAUUUUCCAUUUUCCUUCUUUAAACAAUUUCAUUUAAGCCAGGGAUUUACUACAUGAAGCUGAAAAGAGGAUGCAGAAUGACAAGGAAAGGGCACAUCAACCCUGCUAUGCUCUUUUUUUUGUAAGCUCCAUAGAAACAGCCUGAGAAUUUGGCUAGGAAACUUGAAUGCUUCAGAGGACAGAAAGAGAGCACUUUCGACACAGUGCUUCCCAGAGUGAGCUUGGCAGGGCCAGGCGGGGCCAAAUUCCAUCUGCUGCCUUGUUACUCUUGUUUUUUGUGCUCUUAAAUGGCUCCAUGUAAUCCUCUACCUACAUGUUCCUUGGCUUUUUUCUCUUCAACCUUUUCCAGCUUAUUUAUUCCAUUGACUUCUAAAGGCCGAGUCCUGGUCGCUUAUUAUCUGGUGUUCUAAAUGAAGCAGUAAGUUGGAAGCAGUGGCACCACCCCUGAGUCCCUGAGAAAGGCUGGUCUGUUCUUUUUGGGUGUUUCUCCUAAGCAGCCCCCUCCUCUCCUCCUGGUUUUGGUAACCAAAAGUAACAAUCCAUCAACCUCCAUUGUACCUAGAACAAAAUUGACCAAUAAAAAUGCUGAUUUGUAAAGUCCCAUCAGACACUUCUACCUCACCCCAAGCUCGCCAUCUGGGAAAACAGACCAGAAUGCUCUCUUCUACAGAAACGAACUGUGGGGAAAUCCAGCAGCUGUGACAUCAGAGUGAAUGGAGUCCACUUGAAGCUGUGGAAGAUGGUUCAUCCUCUUCCCCAGUUGAGGAUCGAGAUUUAUAACUUUCUAGAAAGCCAUUUCCAGAAUGUUCUACGUGGCACACCUCUGGGAAAGGCACUAAAUACAUGCAAAGGAUUCACAAACUUAGGGAGGGUAGAUGGGUGAAGUCCAGAAAUCUGGGUCUGGGUUAAUAUCUCUGUAUCUGUCUUGAUGACUCAUUUCUCCUAACUUCCAUUUAGUGCAGGGUGAAUGGUUUGAGAUGAGAGUUUUUCAUUGAAAGAGAAAUUCUUUCAGUUCAUAGAUUUGUUAGAAGUCCUGACUUUCAAGUGUAAUUUGCUUUGGAGGAGAAAGAAAAUAGUGAAAGAAUCAUAUUGUCUCAAUUCUAAGCUGCUAUCCAUUGACUAAUAGCUUUUCGGCAAGGAAAUAACUGUCACCUUAGGUAAAAAGUUUUGUAAGAUGCAGCACAAUUUCAGGAACAUUAAAAUGGGAAACAGUACAUCUCAGAAUGGAGGGAGCAUGGGAACAAAAAUGAGACUUUCUCAAUGUUUCUCAUUGUUCCUGCAAGGAAAGCCUCUCCUUAGGCAUCUCAAGUAAAAUGGCUAAGGUGGAAACUCCCUGGGCAAGAUUUCUGGCCUGACUGGGAGUGUUCUUGGAGGAGACAUGAAAGAGUCAGAAACUUCUGCCACUCAUAGAGAAUUAUGAUAUUGCAGAAGGCCACUGGGUUAUUGGCCUACAUUUACCACCAACUUCCUUUAUGGCCUUUUCUCCACUUCUCUGGACUCAGCUCUUCUGUCUGUACUAGGUGGGGGGUUGGGACCAAUCAUUGUAUCGCAAACUUAAGAAUCAACCCACAUUUGUACUAUUACCCAUGUAAUAUUUUUUUAAGCCACCUUUUCUUAAAAGCAAGAAUUAGCCUCCUCCAAAGAAAUAACAUGCAUGAAAUUUCAACUCUUGAUAUACUAGGUUUUUUCCCUAACAUUAAUCACGUAAUUAUCAAUAUAACAAACAUGCACCCAAAUACCACUUGAAAUCAUUUUGUGAACCACCAGGAGCAGGUGUAUCAAACUUUGGGACCCUGGGUAACUGAUAUGACAGAACAUUUACACUUUUGGGGGCAUUAAAGAGUCUUGAUGGUUCUUCACAUAUUAGAGUCAGCAGAGUUACCCAGAACACACACACGAAUAAUUUUGGUCAUGGUUUAAGGAGUUCAUAGGCCCCUUUGCAAUUCAUCUGUGAACUCCAAAUAAAAGCCCCUACACUGGAUGUACAAACUGAGAUCCAGAGUAGGAUGAGUUUGCCAGAGAAGAAAGAGCAGAGAGCAGCCAUCCUCUCCUCCAUCCCCUGCAAAGCACACAUUAGAGCAAGCACCCAAGACUCCUGGACAGGAACAGGAGGGGAAAGCCCUAAAGAUUAGGCCUCAGGGAAAAACCACCACCAUGUUUCACAAAUUACCUGUUCUUUACCAGGUGCUGAACUAGGUAUUUUCUAUGUGUGAUCUCUCAGCCCCAGUACUAGCAAUAUUUCUUAGAUAGUGGCACAUAGCAGUCAGUCUGUUUUCCAGCUGACACUAAAAACUGCUUGAAGGCUGAUUUGCUACCUUGCAACAAUUGGUUCUAUUCUAAGGGUCCUGUACUACUUUACACUGCGAGGCCUGCUGCUUGGUAAGAGCCAUCAGAUUACAACUGGAGGGUAUCAGUUGAAUGAAGGAAAAUGGGAGCCACGCCAUCUUUGGCUUUUAAUAAAAUCACCCUUUUGCAACAUUCAGUUCCUGACAUUAAAAACAAGUCAUGCAAAAAGCUAAACUUUUGUAGACAUUCAUGCUUUUCUGUCAGGAGGAGGAAGAUUAGUUAGAAAAAA